UGUGAGGUCAUCAUUGUGCUGCCUCCAGUCGGGGCUGUGGAACAGGACUCCUCCCAGACAGGAAGUAGGAAGUGAGAACAUGAGGAUGAGGAGCUCUGGAAUGAAAAAGAGAAUGGGCCAAUGGCUUGGGCUUAGUUCAGCCCCAGUAGAAGAAGAUGAUGGCUCUGUUUUUGUGGCAAAGGAGGAAGACUUUAAGGAUUCUCAGAGAAUCAGAGGUACAGUGAAAGACAGGGAAGUUGUCAUAUUUCACCAUGAAGGACAAUACCAUGCCUUGGACCUUCGAUGUUACCAUGCAGGAGGACCAUUACAUCUUGGAGACAUUGAGGAUAUCGCUGGACAGACUUGUGUUAUUUGUCCAUGGCACAAUUAUACAAUUGCUUUAGCCACUGGUGAAGGUCUGUAUCAGGGAACAGAUCCUCUAGAUCCACUGCGGACAAAAAAAUGGUUUUCCAAAGGAGUGAAACAAAGGAUCCAUAAAGUGAAUGUGAAAAAUGGAGGUGUCUAUGUAACUUUGUCUGACACAAGUAUUCGUUGUGACUCUGAUGAUUAUGCCUGCGAGAAGCUCAAAGAAUCUGAAAACACUGUUAUAAAACCCUAAAGACUUUCAUAUUGGCUCUUGUAACUAAUAAUGGGCUGUUAGAAAUAUUUGCUGCUGGUGUAAUAAUAAGUGUAUAGUAAAUUGCAUAAAACAGAUUUCAGUUUUCAAAGACUUUUAGUUUUAAUUAACUGUUUUAAAUCCUAAAGAGGUUAGAACUUGUAAUUUGUUUCUGAAAUGAUAACUUUUAGACAAUGUGCUUAUGUACUACACCCAGCUUCUGCAGAGGAUCUAAAAUACCUGUAUAAAGGAGUCUUGUGCACA